AUGCAUCAUUUGGCAAAAGCUCUCUGCUUCUUCAUCAUCUUGAAAUGUAUCGAAAAGGCUACAAGUUUUUUUGUCCAAAAGUUGCACAUUUUUCAUCUCACUGCAUCUAGAAAUGGUGACAACUUGCCAUACAUCGGUAAGAAAUGUCCUAAUAGCAUGGGCAUGUCUGUGAGAAGGAAGGGCUCUUGCUUGAAGAGCCACGAUGAGGAGGAAGAUGGAGAAACGGAUGAAACAGAAGAAAUGGAAGAUGAACUGGAUGAGGAGCUAGACGAAACAGACGAGGAGAACGAACAAAGCGAGGUGGAAGAGACAGACAGCAGCGACUCCACAUUGGCAUCCCGCGGUUCGAAGAAAGUUACCACUGGAGGGAAUAAAGUGAAGGCCGAGAAAAUAAAAAAAAGGAAAAGGAAAAAAAAAUCGACGAAUGUGAUUAAGUGUAGAACGUGUAAUAAGAUAUUAAAGCCAAGAGUAAAAUUUUGCGCCCACUGUGGCACGAACGUAUCGGUAGAGAAAAUUAAAUUGAAAAAGUACAUAGAGGAUAUCUACUUGCCUCUCAGGAAGGAGGAAGUAAGUGACAACACCUAUCGUGUUGAGAAGGGAUUCUGGAAUGACAUACUACCGAAAUUAGGCAAAUAUGAACUGCACGAAUUGGGAGCAAACAACUGGGAGGGAUUUUUGAAGUAUUUAAAGUCGAAGAAUUGUUCACCGAGGACGAUGGCCUUGUACCAGUCAACAUAUCAGCAAUCAUUGAAAUAUGCCUUAUACCGGGACUACCUAAAGAGCGUGCAUAAUUUUCGUAAAAUUAAGAAUAGCACAAUUCCAAGGAGGAAGAUUACCCCUCUAUCUCCAAAGGAGAUAGAACUGCUAUUGACCAACAGCGGCGACAUGCACAGAGCCAUCUUCGCCCUGAGUAUAGGCAUAGGGUUGCGUCCAUCCGAGGUCCUGCGCAUUCUCUGGGAAGAUAUCAAUUUUGAGAAGAAGGAAAUUUUCAUUAAAGGUCAGAAGACCAAGUAUAGCAACACGGCCAUCCCCAUGACGAAUUUUGCCUACAACGAAUUGGUGAAAUGGUGGGAGAUAGAAAAGAAGCCUCUGAAGGGGCUGUGCUUUUAUUCGGAGACCAUCAAAAAUAAGUUUAAUUACACUAACACGAAGACUCCACUAAAAACGUUCAAAACAGCGCUAAAGGGCGCAGCGAAGCGGGCUGGACUCGAAAUCAGCGAAGACGGAAAAAAGAGAAGAAUAUUUCCCUACCUGUUAAGACACUCCUUUGCAACAAUUGCUGCAACGUCAAAUCCACCUGUCCCGCUUCCAGUGGCUCAAGCAAUUAUGCGACACUCCUCUUCAAAAAUGUUGCUGGACACUUACACGAAGGCAGGAAAUAACAUAAUCAGGGAUGGCUUGGAUAACUUCAAAAUAUAG